AUGUCCAAUAAUACUCGGACAUCAUCGUUGACAACAAGUGAAAAUGAAGAUAAAAUUUAUUAUGAACAAUUUCAAACAACAGAUGUAAUGGUUAAUUUAUCUGAUUGUAUGCAAUGCUAUGUGAAAAUUCCACGAUGUGAGAUCAAUGAACAAGUACAUUGUUCGAAUCUUAUUCCAGAAAAAGAACUUGUCGGUCAAGUACAAGAAUUACGAGAAGAACAGGAAAUCGAAACACCAACACAACCAAAUCAAACAAUAUCAGCAUAUAUCGAAGAAGAAAACUAUGAUGAAGGAUUAGAUGUGGAACUUUUUAAUCCAAUGAACACGAUGAUUAUUAUUGAUUUGCCAUGGCCAUCAUCAUCAGAAAGAAAUCAUGGAAAAUGA